AUGGGUCAGAUGAGCCGCCUGCAGAAGACGAACACCUCUGAGGCUCCGAUGUCGAGAGAAAAGCAGACUUUGUUUGUCGGACAAUUCCGUAAAACGAAGCUCUGCCGCUUCCAUGAGACGGGGCGUUGCCGGUACGCUGACAAGUGCCCCUUUGCACACAGCCCCGAAGAACUUGAGGAGUUGCCUGAUCUGCGGAAGACAUCAAUCUGCAAGAACUGGCAGCAGGGAUGCUGCACCUACUCCGCUGAUCGCUGCAUGUUUGCACAUGGGAAGGAAGAGCUUCGCAAGACACCACCCUUCGGCCGAAAGAAGUCACAGGAUCUGAUCGACCGCAGGGACAGCUUUGAAGGCAGCGAUGCUUAUGCGUCCACAUCGGAUGGCUAUCACGGAUCCUUUGAAAGCGACAGGUUUCCAGUCAUGGACCACGGCAUUGUCUCUCAGUGGGAGGGUCUACUGGAAGUCAUAGAAGCAGCAUUGGAAGAAAUGAAGGCUGAUGCUAGCAAGCAUCCAGUUCUCCUGACGGAGGCCCCGUUGAACCCCACCGUUCAUCGAGAGCUUUUGGUGGAGAGGUUCUUCGAAGAAUUGCAUGUUCCCGCGCUCCAGGUGGUGCACUCCGGGGCCCUGGCGCUCUAUGCGACCAACAGUCGAACUGGACUCGUCAUAGAGGUUGGCGAUGGCGUGGCACAAACUGUGCCGCUCUACGACAGCUAUGUGAUCUUCAACGCCGUGAAGCGCCGCGACUACGGCGGACGGGACUUGACGGCCUACUUGGGGGAGCUGAUGAGUAAGGAGAUCAACCACCGACCUAGCUCCAGCGAGGUCGGAUGGAGGGCAUGGAAGGAGGUGAAGGAGUCCAUGUGCAGAGUGCGCCACAAGAACCCUGUGGAGGAGGCCUCGAAGCAGCUCUCGUUCUACUUGCCUGAUGGCAAGGCUGCGCAGAAUUCGCUCUAUCUCUAA